UGACUUUGGACGGUCCUCGUGAAUAGGUCAUGGACGACUGCUAUUACUACCAUGUCAGUCCCGCAUCAAUUUCUCUUGAACAACGUGAUUCCUUAAACUCCCGAUUUAACAACCGAUUCUCUGUUUUGGUCAGAUUAAUGGUUCACAACUCGUAAAGCUGAGUUCUUUAAUCUGGGUUUCUGUUAAAAAAUGGAACUUGGGCUUGUGGAGUUGUUGAGGGCAGCUUGGAUUGCUGGGACACUGCCUAUACUCAUAGCUUCACUGCCAUGUUCCUGGCUGGGUUCAUUUCAUGGACUUGUUUUGGGGUUUGCAAGGAGAGGAAAGAUCAUGAAAUCAUCAUCUCAUCACAAAUUCACUGUUCCUCAAAGAUUCUUUUCUCAUUUCUAUGUGGUGGCUGUGGUGUGGACUACUCUCUUGCUUAUUGCAACAUGGAUUUAUGCGCAUAGAAUGGCACCGAUUGUUUCUGAGCCGUUUUUCUACUCUGAUUUAGGCAGCUACUUGGCAGGACGUUCAAACACCUUUUCACUUCAUCGAUCACAGCUGAUUAAUUCAGAGAAUAUAUUCAGGGUUUGGCUUUCUGUGUUUCUGCUCCUGUUAAUGGAAGUUCAAGUCUUGAGGCGUCUUUUUGAGACGUUAUAUGUAUUUAAAUACAGCCCCUCAGCUCGGAUGCACAUUUUCGGCUAUCUUACUGGUCUAUUUGAAGUGACGGAGUUCAUUGUUAAAGACAGAAGCUCAAUGCAAGCCAUUGAAUUUGAUUGGUGGGACUUUGUUAAUCCUUUUUCGAAGCUUGGAUGGUGCCAAUGGAUUGGUGCAGCUAUAUUCCUUUGGGGUUGGAUUCAUCAGCAUCGUUGCCAUGCAAUUCUUGGCUCACUAAGGGAACAUGUGGGAAAGGUUGAUGAAUAUGUAAUACCCCAUGGUGAUUGGUUCGAGAUUGUUUCAUCUCCACACUAUUUGGCAGAGAUUGUUAUAUAUGCUGGCGUAGUUUUUGGUAGUGGAGGGGCAGACCUCACCAUUUGGUUGCUUUUCGGAUUUGUGGUGUCAAAUCUGAUAUUUGCAGCUGCAGAAACACAUAGGUGGUAUCUUCAGAAAUUUGACAAUUAUCCAAGCAACCGUGUUGCAAUUAUUCCAUUUGUAUGUUGAAAUUUCAAAGAACACGUUUCCCAUUGUUGCAUGUAGUUGCCAUCAUGGCUACCACAAAUUCUUGACAUGUGAUGAGAAAAUUUUCCUAGAGAAUCAAAUUAGUUUGAUUGGUGA